AUGACGCACUCUCUAAGCUGCAAACUGACGACGAAACAAACUAUUACAUGUCAGCGAUUUAAAUUUUUUAUUGUAAAAAUUUAUAUAAUUAAACAAGACAUUGUUAUGCGCCCUGCUAUUCCACCAAAUGAGCGAUUAGUCCUGACAUUGCGCUUUUUAGCUACGGGUGAUUCAUAUCAUUCUCUAAUGUAUCUUUUUCGCAUUCCUGUGAGUACGGCUGUAAGCCUGAGUGUUGCCGAGCUGUGUAUGAAUGCCUGUAUUGGUGCAUUCGACGGAAAGCACGUAGUUAUGGAAGCUCCUAACAGUGGUAGCAGCUACUUUAACUAUAAGGACACACACAGCGUUGUGCUAAUGGUGUUAGCACAUGAAAAUUAUAAAAUUAUCUACUUCGAUGUAGAAGGGAAAGGAAGGAUUUCAGAUGAUAGCUUUUUUAUCACAUGCACUACAAAAUGAACAACUUCAUGUUCCUGAGGAGCAGCCAAUUCCAGGUCGAGAUCUCAAGGUGACCUAUGUAAUUGUAGCGAAUGAUGCUGAUGAUGAUUCGCAUUAAAAAUAUAUAGAAUGAAGCCAUAUCCAUUCAGAAAUCAACCCGGUCCAAAUUGUAUUUUUAACUACCGUCUUUCGAGAGCAAGAAGAGUGUUAGAAAAUGUAUUUGGUAUAAUGGCAAAUAGAUUUCGGAUUUUAAGAAAGCCAUUGGAACUUGGGCUGGAAAAUGCAAUAGAUGUUGUCUCUGCAAUUUUUGCAUUACACCACUGUUGAUGUCCAAGAAACAUUCAAAGCAAAAAUAUGCUCCGAGUAGAACAUUCGAUUCCGAAGUCAAUGGACAAGUGGUACCAGGUAGUUGACCCAACGAUAUUACGUUAGAAGGCAACUGAUUACCAAUUCAUACCAAAAAGAUAUACGUGAAGGAAUAAAAAAUUUUUUUGUUUCGCCUGAUGGUGAAGUGGAGAAGUGUAAAGUUAGAUUUAUCCAGGGACCCAUACCCUAGACUAUAGUAAAAGAAGGAACUUGAGAUCAGGACAAAUUUUGGCAUUUAAACUUAUCUACCAGAGGGAGGCACAAUAGAUCUUUUAGGUCGCAAUUAAUAAUAAUAAUAA